UAGGCCCUCAGUUCAGUACAAAAUGUCGGAGCUGGGUGAUUCAGGGGAUAUAAAAGUUCCUUUGAUUUGCCGGCUUUGUGCCUCCCCCACUGAGGAUGGGGUCGAGAUAUUCUCGGAAAAGGGCCAGGAAAUUUGCCUGCCUGAAAAGAUCUCAAAAUGUCUGCCUGUACUGAUUCGAGCCGACGAUGAUUUACCGAAGGGAAUGUGUACACUGUGUCAGGGCAAACUCGAGUUUUGUCGACAAUUCUUUGAGCAGAUUUAUAAUACCACAGUUAAACUGCUCAGCAUACUCAGAGAGGAGGAGGGUCCAAAUAUCCGGAUUAGUUUUGAAGAUCAGAUGUUACAGUUUGUGAGAAAUUAUGCUAACCCAGCUCUAUGCGCUGCUAAAACAGAGGAGGAAGAUGAUGAGCUUGAAGAUUACGAGGAAGAAGAAGUAGAAGAUAAUGAUGAAGAUGAAGGAGAACAAGACGACGAGAAGAAAAGUAGCGUGGAGAACGUGGUAAAGGCUGAGCCCAGGGAGGUCUGUGAUGUCGAGCUGAAGGAAGACAAGGAGCAGGUCCGACACUUUCUGGACGAAUUGUUGGACGAUUAUAGCAAGGAUGUGUCCGGAUCCAGUAAACGGAAAAGAGGACGGCCUCGGAAGCGAGGUGAGAUCAGCUACAAGGAGGAGAACCAGGAGGAGGAGGACGAGGAGAGGCCGAGAAGGGUUAAGGACGGAUUCAGAUCUCUGGUACCUCCUCCGCUUAAGAUCUGCGUAGAGUGCGGGCUUAAAUCCUCCUCGCACCAGGAGAAUAUUGAUCAUUGGACCAAGGCACAUCCUAACCAGACGAUCAUGUACCGUUGUGACUGGGAGGCAUGUGAAUAUUCGUCGACGAUUGUCACUGAAAUAAAGAAACAUCGACGAAAUCAUCAAAUUCAAGCAAACCAGCUUCAAAAAUGUGACAAGUGUGAGAAGUACUAUCCUCCUAAAUACCUGGCUACUAGGCAUAUCCUGGUCCAUCAAGAAGGGAAGAAUUUUAAAUGUAAAGUUUGUGAAAAAUCUUUCAAAACUCCAGAAAAUCUCAAGGUUCAUAAUCGUAUCCAUGGUCCUGACGAUGUCAAGUAUACACAUUGCUGUGAUCUCUGUGGGAGAAGGUUUACUCAGAAAGCAAAUUUGGAAUCACACAUGCGGGUUCACACCGGUCUCAGGCCUUUUUCCUGUGAUUUUUGUGAGAAAAGUUUCAGUCAGAAAGGAAAUCUAGAUGAGCACAGGAGAACACAUACAGGAGAGAAACCGUAUGUUUGUGAUAUCUGUGGAUCCCGUCACACGAGGAAGGGAGAACUUCUUCUCCAUAUCCGUUGCAUUCAUACACACGAGAGACCGUUCCAGUGCUCAUAUUGUCCCAAGAACUUCCAGCGGAGAGAUCUUUUAAGAAAACAUGAACGGAUACACACGGAUACUAGGCCAUAUGGAUGCGAGUUCUGUGGGAAAACGUUUACUGCGCGGGAUAAGAUGAUUGUACACAGAAGGCUUCAUACAGGUGAGAGACCGUAUAUGUGUAACUUCUGUGGACGAGGCUUCUGUGAAUCCGGAAAUCUGAAGAAACAUCUCCGAGUUCACGGCAAGGAUAUUCCUUCAGUAAUCCGGCAGAAUAAUAAGGGGCGGGGGGCGGAGAGACAAGAUUUAGGAGACCUAGACAAGGCAGUUAUUCAGGGCGGGGGUGUAAACAUCCAACCAACAGGGCCAGGGCGGAUGUUAGAGGCGGAGCCGAAGGAAGAGGAGGAGGGAGGGAAUGUUAGUUACGAGGAACAGGUGAAGGUAGAGGAGGAGUAUAGAAGAAGAAGUACUGUAGAUGAUCAGGAGAAUAGAAGCCAAACUCCUGCUUACCCCCAGACCCCUCAACUCAGGGCAGAUACCCCUCAAACCCCCCUUACCCCGCAUACCCCUCAAGCUCCUGACUUCAAUCUCGUGAGCUCUGCUCAACGAGCUGCUGAACAGCAGGGAUACAGUCUAGUCACAUCUCAUCCACAGCUCCAGCAGCUGCAGCAGCAACCAUAUCCACAGUUUGUUUCUCAUCCUCUACUCCACCAGAUACAAUCCAACUGGUCAGCCAUGUAUUCUCAUAUACAGCACCCUCCCCAGUAGUUUCUCAUCCUUUACUCCACCAGAUACAAUCCAACUGGUCAGCCAUGUAUUCUCAUAUACAGCACCCUCCCCAGUAGUUUCUCAUCCUUUACUCCACCAGACACAAUCCAACUGGUCAGCCUUGUAUUCUCAUAUACAGCACCCUCCCCAGUAGUUUCUCAUCCUCUACUCCACCAGAUUCAAUCCAACUGGUCAGCUAUGUAUUCUCAUAUAAAGCACCAUCACCAGUAGUUUCUCAUCCUCUACUCCACCAGAUACAAUCCAACUGGUCAACCAUGUAUUCUCAUAUAUAGCACCCUGCCCUGUAGUUUCUUAUCCUCUACCCCACCAGAUUCAAUCCAACUGGUCAGCCUUGUAUUCUCAUAUACAGCACCCUCACCAGUAGUUUCUCAUCCUCGAAUCCACCAGAUUCAAUCCAACUGGUCAGCCUUGUAUUCUCAUAUACAGCACCCUCCCCAGUAGUUUCUCAUCCUCGAAUCCACCAGAUUCAAUCCAACUGUUCAGCCUUGUAUUCUCAUAUACAGCACCCUCCCCAGUAGUUUCUCAUCCUCUAAUCCACCAGAUUCAAUCCAACUGGUCAGCCAUCUAUUCUCAUAAACAGCACCCUCACCAGUAACAUCACAGAUAGAUAGAAAACUUGUUUGAGAAUCUGUUUUUAAAUACAAAAAAUCAUUACGUCA